UUUUCCUAUGUAUUCUUUGAUUUGCUAUAAGAAGAAAGGGUUAGGAAAAGUUUGUGGAAUUGUGUAUAUAUAGCUGAAGAAAAAACAGAAAAGUUAUUAAAAUAUGUCUCAUGAAACUGAAAUUCAAGGAGGUGGAAUAGGUUAUCAACCCAAGAUAAAUGAUGUUGCCCAAAAUUUCUUGGAUGAUCUGCAGAAGGAACGCUCUCGUCUAACGGAAGAUUUUCCAUUGUGUGCUCUUUUAAUUGAUGAAGCUUUCGAUCGAGUUUAUUCUACUGGGCGUAUACCCGGCCGCGAAUUUUAUGCCGAUGUACUCAAGCAAAAGCCAAUGAAACUUACCCAAAAGGUGUUUGUGCCAGUAAAACAAUAUCCGAAAUUUAAUUUUACUGGAAAAAUUUUGGGACCCAAAGGAAAUUCCCUUAUUCGCCUGCAGGACGAAACACAAUGUAAGAUAACUAUCAAGGGCCGUAAUUCCAUGCGUGACAAGGUUAAGGAAGAAGAAUUGCGAAAAUCAGACGACCCACGUUUUAGUCAUUUAAAUAAGGAUUUAUUUGUGGAAAUAAGUACAGUAGCCACACCAGCCGAAUGCUAUGCUCGUAUUGCGUAUGUUUUGGCCGAAAUUCGCAAAUAUCUAAUACCCGACAAAAAUGAUGAAGUCUCACACGAACAGUUACGUGAAACAAUGGACAUCGAUCCUGAGAUGGCUAAAGCUGGAUAUGGAGGUAAACCGGAAAUAUACAAAACUGUAUUUGACAAAACUGGAGGUUCAAAAGGAACACGGAAAUAUUUGGAAUUUUUGAAGCAUACUUCAAAUGCAGAGCGAGAGGAAUUGGAAGACGAAUAUGAGUAUGAACAUAUUUCACAUGGCCCACCACCAAAACGCCCUUCAAAUUCAAGUGGUUAUGAAUAUAUUAAAGUUCCAUCAUCUUCGAAAGGAUACAAACGUGCUGUACCCAUGUAUACAGAUACCAAACGCGUACGUGAAGUCUCUUCAUCUAAACCGUAUAAAAACCGUUUAUAAAUAUAAAAACUUCUAAUAUGUAUGGAAUUAAAAAAUAAAUCUAACUAAAAUGAAAAUUAAUAUAAAACAUUUUAUAAUAAUUUAAAAAAUAUAUAUGAAAUAUUAACAAAAUAAAAUAUAGAUAUUUGAAUUACAAACAAGAAAA